CCGGGGACUCGGCUGCUGCCUCGCCCAUCCAGCCGGGCCACCGCCGAGCGCCGGUUCCCUGAACCCGCCACUUGGUGCAAAAGGAAGUACGGUUUGGAAAACUGAGCUGGAUAACCUGAUCAAGUCUUGGCUUCAUCGCGCACACCGCGAGCGCGGAUCCUGAAAUUCAUUCUGUGUGCACAGACUAACACUUUUACUUUGGAAGAUCUGUGCAAAUGUGUUUCGCCCGCAAUUCCGGGCACCGUGUGCGCGCCAGGCGGCGACCGCGGUUAUUCAUUAUUAAUGACGCUGCUAGCCCGCAUCAUUAUGAUGAUAACUAUUACUAUUGUUGUGAUUUCGGGCUUCCAGGCGAGAGCUGCAGGAGGCGGGGAGGGGGAGCGUCGGGUUGCCAAGCCGUCCGGGCUCAGCCAGGAGGGGCGAGCAACGGCAAACCGCCGGCGGCGGCGGCGGCGGCGGCUCGUGCGCCCUCCCUCCCUCUACCGCGUGCCCCGGCCGCCUCCUCACUCGGCCCUCGCUCCUGCCCUUCGGCGGCGGUGGCGGCGCAGGAGGGCAAGCGCGAGGAGCCCGCACAAAAGGCGGCGGGACAAACACCCACCUCCGGCCGGAACAAAAGACGGCAGCGCCGGGCGCGACUCCGGUCCUUCCCGGUCACCCGGCUCUCCCCGCCGCUGCAGCCGCUCUCUCCGGACUCGGCUGCCUGUGAAGCGCCGGGGAGCCCCUUCUACGGUCCCACUUUGGUACUAUUGUGGGGGUGCCUACUUUCUUUCCACUGCACACUUGACCGUGCAUACACUGGUGUCCUAAGGCCAGGCUCACCUCUUUUCUCCCCAGGAAUUGUUUUUUAGACUUGACGCCCUCCCUCCCCCACUCCAUUUUCCUAUAGAGAAGUGGAAACAGCCCCCUUCCUUCCAGCUCCCACCCCCAGGUUUACAUGUGAGUUGUUCGCAUCCUUAGCAUUGUUCAUUAUUUUUACAAAACUGGGGUAGAAAUCAUUGCAUUCCUUUUUGAAAAAAGAAAUAAAGCGGC